UCGAGGAAACGCAGUCGCGCGCCGCCUCCAGCCGAGAACCGCACGCUUUUGGCAGUUGGUCUCGUGCACCGCCGCCGGAACGCCGUCACCGAGUCGCCUCCAGACACGCGCUAGCGAUUUGUUGUUUGCAGUUGUCGUGAUGGUGUGCCGUGAAUUCUGAGCAAAUUAUGCAGAUUUCGGUGGGCGCCCUGUGCAGGAUCGGACUGUUGCUGGCAUUUGGACUGACAGGCAUUCAAGGAUUGCGUGAUGUCCGUAUCAUCGUUCCCUCGGCGGUGGUCCGAGGGGAUGACGCCUACUUGCAUUGCUACUACGAUCUGGAGGGUGAACAGUUAUAUGCGGUCAAAUGGUAUUGGUAUACAACGGAAUUUUACCGGUACACUCCCAACGAGAAACCCUCAAUUAAGCAGUUCCCUACACCCGGUCUAUCUAUACGUACGGAAGAUUCCAACGACACUUCAAUAGUCCUUGAACAUGUUAAUAGGUCCGUUAGUGGACGCUACAGUUGCGAAGUCUCUGCUGACGCCCCCAGCUUUUAUACGUUGAUCCAAAAUGCCAAUCUCCAGGUGGUGGAUUUACCCAAGAAGGAUCCUUUCGUAAGCAUCAACAGGAAACGUUACCACUACGGGGAUGUACUGAAGGCUACUUGUACAUCAGAACACUCAAAUCCUGCAGUUAACCUCACGUGGUACGUUAAUGGAUUGCCUGCUGAAGCCGUACAUGUGAACAAUAGCCGAGAGAUUUUAGAUGAUGGACAGUAUUUCACAGCCCAUUCAGUGUUGAGGAUGAAGAUUACCAAGCAGUCGUUCGAAAGGCACCGUCUGAAAAUACGCUGCGUGGCCAGAAUGUACGAUAUUUACUACAAAAGCUACGAGAAGAGUGUCGAGUCGGAGAGGAGGAGGCACCACCACCACUCGAUUACAACCACUGAGCCGCCAAUACAGUGGGAGUUAAUUGAGCCGGCUAUACUCAAUCCGGAAGUUAGAUAUGUGUAUAACUCCUCCAGAGGCAACAUCCUCGUCGGAAUGCCAACAAUAGCAAUAGUCUGUACUGUAAUGUCUUGGCUUUUACUGAGAUGAUUCCUAGGAGUAGAAACUGAUAUUCCAAGAAAAUAACUUCCACGAAUUUUAUGUGAUAAAUAAUUAAUAUAAUGAUAUUAUAAAUGUGUUUGUAAAUAACAGCAAUUAUAUUGUAUAAAUGUUAAUGUUUUCAGACAAAGCUAUUAACGCGGGAGGUUGUUAAGUUUUCUCCACUAUAUUCAGUCAUAGUUAUUCGAAAUAUAACCAAUUUAUUAACUCUUAACUUGUUCGCAGUUUAACAAAAUUUGCUAAACUUACAUGGAAUAUACUUCAUCUUACAAACAAUAUAACAAAUUAAUUUACAAAUAAAUGAUUUGACAAAGAUGGUUUACAAAAUAUUUCAAAAGACAAUACAGCGUGCGUAUAUUUGUUUUUUAUCUUUUUUUUUGUGUAAUUAACUUUACACUUACUAUUGGUUUAAAAAACGGGGCAAAUGACAGUUACAUGAACGUCUUAUUCCAGUUACUUUUCAUUGAGCUAUGAGAACCUGAUUUGCUCAUCUUGCCCUUUUUUUUGAAAGCAAUUGUAAAUCAAGCGGCGAAAAAAUGUUAGCAAAAAUUUUGAAAAGGAGUACCAAACCUGGAAUGUUUUUGAUGAGCAUUCAGCUUCAUUCUGUUGAUAGCGGUUGUCUAUAUGUAUAUAAUGUAUGUACAGUAGGACUUCGAUUAUUAAGAGUGAUAUUUCUGAUUAAUUUUGUCAGAUGUACACAUUUGUAAAACUUACACAUCUUUGUUAUAUUUGUGGAGCACACAUCUACAAAAAAGGUCAACUUUUUAGUCUUUUUUCAGCUCAACAAUAUCCAGGAUGAGUCCCUAAGCGUGCGUUCCUCGAUAUCUGAUUAAUUAUUAGAAAUAAAAGAAAAAGUCAAAAACCAAAAUUGUACGGUUCUUUCAAAAGUACACUAUAAAAUUAUUUUUGACUAUACAGAAUGUUCUGCUUUUAAGGCAUAACAUUCUGUAUAGUCAUAACAUAGUUUUUUAAUGAAACACCCUAUAAAUUUUUAGAUAUUUUGAUUAACCUCUUCUUAAACUUUAGAACCACUGUUUAUUUUUGAAAUUUUGAUGGGGCGUUGCCGCGUUAUUCAACCUUUCUUUUUUUUUAGCAAUGGAAAGGUUCGCAAAAAAAUCACAGUAAGGUUAUUUUUAAAAUCUUUAUAUAAUAUUUUGUGCAAAGAUAAGUAUCUAAUAGAACACCCUAUGUUUUAUUACUGUGCCUUAUUGUAUUUUUUGUUCUCUUUCUUUUAUGUUAAGUAUUGUCUAGAUUUAAAGUUACUGCAGUUUUUUACUUUUUUAAGAAACACAUCGACAUAUUAGAAGAAUGAAAACAAUAAAUUAAGUAAGAUAUAGGAAUAAACUACAGGUUCUAUUUGAAAAAAAUGAAAUAUCGAUACUUGAAAAUCUUAUUAUAAACACUCUGUUAGAAUUUCUGCCGCAAAAUAUCGCAACACAGAUUUUAAAAAUAAUGUGUGAAUACUUCCAUUGGCAAAAAAUUUAAAAAAAUAGAAAUGAUGUGGUAACAUCGCACAGAAUUUUAAAAUAAACUUUAGUUAUGAAACCUAAGAAGCCAAUGAGAAUAUGUAAAUAUAUAUAUGGUGUUUCCUUGAAAAAACUCAUUUUUGUGUUAGAGGUUAAAAACAGAACACUCUGUAUAGUAAAAAUACUUUUAGAGUAUAGUACUCAAAGAAUCGUACAGCUUGGUCUUUGAUUUUUUUCUAUAUCUAAUAAUAAUUAUAGUGAAAUAUCGAGGACCCUAGUGACUCACCCUGUAUACUUUCCUCAAAGGACCUUUUUUCGUAGAUUAAUUUAUGGUUUUUACUUUUUAGAGUAAUAAUUAAUGUUUAAAAGUGUACGAUGCGGAAGGAAAUCAGAAAAAAUGAAUUUGGGUAAUAUCAUAUCUAGAACAAAUCAUGCUUGUGGAGUAUUCUGUUGUGGAUGUAAAUGAGCUAAAGAAUAAACGUAUCAUUAAAGAAGAAGGUUUGCUUGGUGCACAGGUGUACAAAUUGAACGGUUUAUAAGCGUUUUUCAUCGAUUAAUAUGAAUCCAGCGAAAUAACAAUCCACGAUACCAGCCACAUAGAACGUCCAUUUUCAGAUUUACGAGGUAAACUAUUAGUAAAAAUAAAAAUGAAUAGUAAUAUAUUUCAUAUACGUAUACAUUCUUUUGACACAAAAAUUUUAAUGUUUCUAUUUACAGUUUGACGAAAUUAAAUUUUUAAAGAAAAAGUAAAAUAAUCGGACUAAAUAAAAUUGUGUUCUUGAAUAAAAGCAUAGUGCUUAUUAAAAGUUAUAAUUUUCUAACUUUUAUGCCAAUUAUGAAUAUGUAGCAAAUAGAAAACACAAAAUAAAAUUUGGUCCAAAACAACAUUGACUAGUAAAAAAAUUGACAACGAAUGAAAAAGUGUAGAGGCAAAGUGUAACUACUUACAUGCAUCAAUUUCUUUACUUCCCUUACCUUUUAUACUUUUAUCUUCAGGCGCUAUAUAUGCAGAAACAUUUUCUUUAUCUAUUUUCAUAUCAUGCGAAAAUUAAAAAAAAAAACAUUUGUAUAAAAAUAGUACUUAAAGAUGUAGGUGUAAAUUGUAAGUAAGUAAUGAAUAACUAAGAAAUCCUUUGUAACUUACUUUCAAAAUUUCCACUUUUUUCUGACUUUUUUAUUAACAAUAAAACAAGACAGACAUUAUAAAUCAUUCUCACGAUGUAUUAUUUUUACCACAUGUACAUUUCACACCAGUGACGACGAAACUUUACUCGCUGCAUCAUAAGUAAAGGGGCCGUUUUAAUUCAUAAGCGUACCAAACACCAAUCAAGGUCGCACAUUUACUUAUACGAUAAGUGGUCGCUCGAGAUUUUCGACAUGUGCAAUGGGUACCUGAUGCCCAUGUAUUUAUUUAUUGCACCUAAAAAACAAUCUAUAACAACUGGACACAAUGCAAUACAGUUGACCAACUAAUUGAUCGGUACCGCACCGCGUUACUCAUGUGCACGUAUGUGCUGAUCCGCAUAGUUCUUAAACUCACGAUGCCUUUCUUAGGAUCUUUAAGCUAUCACUGACAUAACGUAGCAUUAAUUUAAUUAUGUUAUAGAGGUGUGUCUAAACAUAAAACAUUUGGAAUUACAUUAAAAAUUAAAAAAUCUAAUUUAUAUUUUAGUUUAUUUUUACAUUGAAUGCUAUCUUUCUGUAAGAAAUUCAUUCAGAUGUAAGCACCAGUACGCCAAAUACACAAAACGGGUAAGAUUGUGUUAGAGAAAACAUUCUUUCCACAAUAUUUAAAUGGAUUUAAAGUCGAAUACUCUUUUCUUAAGACUGAAAUAUUUUAGAAGUGUCAUGGAAUGAGGAAAAGGUUUUGGCAGCAUAAUCAUUUUAAUCGGAUGUGGGUAACUAUAUCUUUAUACAAAAAAUUUGAUAUAAAAAAUAUUAAAAAUAGAUGUUAAACAUAGUCGAUAUCCUUCUGUAUUCGCACUGUUUAAAUAACGCGUUUGCUUCUUUCAAGAAUAAAAUUUGUUCGCUUAUUUUUUGUUACAUAUUUUUCUAGUUAAUGCCGUUCCCCAACAAGCGAACAAAAUUUAUCGGCUCGAUGUUUUUAAUUUUACGUACUUAUAAUCUGAUACUUGAUACUUUGUAAGAUAUGUAUAUUUUUGUACAGCAAAGUUUUCAUAUUAACUCUUUGUAAAAUUCGAAGAAUUUAUUUGUGAUGUAUAUAGUAACACAAAAAUGGUGCAUAAAUGCUGCAAUUGGCGUACAUACUUCGAAUUUUAUUACAAGUUCCGGUGAAACCGUUCUCUCCAACUUCGUUUUGAAUAUUAAAUGAAACAAAUGUAUCUAAAUUCAAAUGAAAUAAUAAUGCUAUAUUCUAUUACAGGUUACAAAAAGCUGCAAAUUGUUUAAUGAAUGUAUUUGUCUAUUACAAAA